AUGGGGGAUCUAGUUGGUAGCCCAACUCCAGGAGUUUCAGAUUCCAUUAAAAAACACAUUGGAAAAGAGUCAAUAGGGGAAUAUUCAGGUGAUUUAUUUGGUGGCCAUACUUUUUCUAGAGCUGCAUGUACACUAGACCACUACUUUAUCAUUGGAAAAUACAAGAAUAAGCCUCAAUUAUAUGCCUGGGGAGAAAAUACAAACAAUGUUCUUGGGUUUGGUAUUGAUACAGAUAAAGUUGAUUUACCAACAAGAGUUCCCUUUUUUUCUAUUUAUGAUGUAUUUCAAGUAAGUUGUGGCUAUCUACAUACCGCUGUAUUGAUAAAAUCAAUAACAGAAAGUGGAGGAAAGGUUUAUACUAUGGGAUUAGGCAAUAGAGGAAGGCUUGGAUACACGAGAUCUGACACAGAAUUUGGAUUAGAAGAGGAAUAUCUUGAUAAAAAUGAGUCAUGGUACUCUAUAAGCCCAUGCAUAGUAAAGUUCCCAUCAAAUACUAAGAUAAGUCGAAUUUGUUGUGGUGCUAAUCAUACACUUGCAUUGUCUGAUAAUGGUCAUUUAUAUUCAUGGGGAGUUGGUCAAUUUGGUUGUCUUGGGACUGGAAGUACUGAAGAUGUAUUUUUUCCUACAAAGAUUGAAAUAUCUAAUAAUUCACUAAAAGUGCAGCAUAUUGCUGCUGGUUCCAGGCAUUCUUUAUGUUGUACUGAAAAUGGUAAUCUAUUUGCUUGGGGAAGCAAUGCAAAUGGAAGAUUGGGGAUUGGAGGUGUAAAUGGUAUUAAACUUAAGCCAACAAUUGUACAAUCUAUGCUACCUUAUCAUGUAUGCUUUGUUGUCACGGGAGAAGCACAUAGUGGCUGUAUUGAUAGAAUGGGAAUAGUAUUUACAUGGGGAAAUGGUAGUAAUGGUCAAUUAGGUCAUGGUUUGCAAUUGGACUGUCCUAUCCCUAGGAAAGUUCAUGGAAUAAGUUCUAUUCCUUUCGUUCAAUUAGCAUUUGGUGCAUUUAUAUCAAUGGGAUUAACACAGUCGGGAGAUGUAUAUAUUUGGGGAUCUAAACAACAUGAAAUAUUUUCAACACCUACAAAAGUAAAAUCAUUUAAAUCUGCAAUAUGUCAUAUUGCAUGUGGCCCUUAUAUUUCAUUUGCAAUAGACGUCAGAUCAAUAGCUUACUCAUGGAAUAAUAGAAUAAUUGCUCAAUCUAUUAAAAAUAGAGAUGUAUCAAAUAUUGAGGAAGAACUUGUUUUAAAAAGAAUGAACAAUCCAAAUCCAGUAGUAUUACCAUUUUUUCAGGGUAGUAGUUUUGUGGAUGAUGCUAUUUUUCUGAUGGGAUUUUGUUUAGUGGAUUCUAACGGUAAUAAGAUGAACUACACAGCAAAAGAACUAGGUGGAGUAUAUUGUACUAGAAGAAUAUAUGGACCUAAUAACGAUUCUUCUGGUUUAGGGUCACUAAUUUAUAAAUCACUACCUCCAAAUACUGUCAGACAAAUAGCAUGUGGAGAAGCGCAUAAUAUACUGUUAACAUAUGGGGGUUGUGUAUAUACAUGGGGUGAUAAUAGUUAUGGACAACUUGGAAUAGGAUCUUUACAUAGGGAUUUAGGUGAAACUUCAAAUAAGAACAAAACGUUUGUUUCUGAGCCUAAUGAAGUAAAAUUCUCUGGUCCUAUACGUAGAGUAGCGUGUGGAUAUUGGCAUACACUAUGCUGUGAUUAUAGUGGAAACUGUUUUACUUGGGGUCGUGGUGAUUAUGGACAAUUAGGUACUGGUGCAAUAUGUAAUAUGUAUGAACCUGUAGGAAUUAUAUCAUUAAAUAAUGUAAUUGAUGUAUAUGGAGGGGAAUCAUAUAGUGCUUGUAUUAUAGCUACAGGUAUUACAAUAUCUAAAGAUUUGGAUACAAUAAACUCAGGUGAUUUAUGGAUAUGGGGUAAUGGAGAUUUUGGGAAGUUGGGAUUAGGCGAUGAUGUUAAUGGAAAGUGCAUAGCUGCUCCACGGUACUUGAAUUUGGGAUAUCCAAUUGUCAAAGUUUCCUUAGGUACUGUACAUACCCUUGCAUUAACUGCAAAUGGCAACUUGAUAACAUGGGGUGCAGGAUAUUAUGGGCGUCUAGGUGUUGGCACAACAAAUAAUCAUAAUAGACCUAUUAUAAUUAAGUUUCCUAUUGGUGAUGUAAGGAUAUCCGAUAUUGCCGUUGGUACAGAUCAUUCAAUGGCAGUAUCAGUAGACGGUGACUUGUGGAUAUGGGGGAAGGCUAGUGUAGUUUUAAAUGAAACAGAUGUUUUACAACCUCAUAUAUUUGCAAAACUUGAAUCUGCAACAGGUGUUCCAAAGGUAUAUUCAGUAUAUGCUCAUGCUGACAUAUCUUAUGCAAUAACUAAUACAGGUGAAUUGUGGACAUGGGGUCCAGAAAGUCUGGAUACCCAAAAAAAGAGGAAAAUGAAGAAAAAAGAUAAGGACUACUCACAUACGGGAAGAACUGAACUAGUUUUACUUCCUGGAUCUGUUGCAGGAGUCUCUGGUGGCAGCUGUCAUAGUAUGUGCUUGCUAGUAACUGGUGAAGUAUUAUCGUGGGGAAGUACAGAAUCAGGUAGAUUGGGUCAAAAUACUACAAAAUCACAAAGUUAUGUUUCUUUUCCAACCAUGGUAAUACCGAGAUGGAAUAUUCCUAACUCCAACCUUGAUAUAUCUAAAAGUUUAGCUGCUAGUUAUGGUGCUGAUGAAAAUACCAUCAAAAAUAUGUUCAAUAUAAAUGAAGAAGUAACAACUAUUGAAGAUCUCGAAAAAUUCAUGGACUCUUUAGAUAUUAGUAUCACAAAAUAUACUAGGGGUAAUGUUUCAUUUGAAUAUAUACAGAAACUCCUACAAAAAGAGGAUCCAAGGUCAAAAACUGAAUCUAUUCAACUAUUGGAAGAGGAUCUAAUUGCAUUAUUUGCAUCUCACUUAACAUAUUUUGCUAAAAUGAAACAGAAAGAGGAAAGAUUACAAUAUUUAACAUUCUUGGCAGAGGUUCAGCUUCGUAGGCUUAUUUUGGUAAUUUUGAAACUAACUGAUCAAUCUAUUAAGAGCAAUACUUUCAACAACUAUGGAAAUAACAAUGAUGUGCUACUAAAUCAUUCAGUCUUACGUUACAUGAAUUUACUAGAAUAUAUUAUAUCUAUUAUACGCCUUCAACCACUAUAUAUUAUAAAUAUUUUACUCCAAUGCGAAAUAGGAGAGGAAUUUCGUUCAAUAAUUAAUUUAAUAUAUGGAAUUUACCCUAUAAAUUUAUCAUCUUCAUCAAUCUUUUCAUCUUCUAAUUUUAAUGGCUUAUUUGAUACAUCUUUAAUGUUAGAAGUAAUUGGAGAAGCUUUGUGUAAGAGAGAAUUACAAAUGAUAGAAAGUACUGUAUACGCAUUUUUUCCAGAAAAUUCAAGAUUCUUAUACUUUUUCAGCUCAGUAGUACUACGUGGACAAGAAUUACGUAGCAUUAUAAAAUAUCUAUUAGAUAUUGGAACUCCAUCAUCACUAGUUGCACUAUUAAAAAACAUGCCUCCAGAAAUAUUACUAUGUUUAGACUCUAAGUGUUUAGCUCAAUAUUUAGGUUUAUCUCUCCAUGAUGAAACUUUACCUAGACUUUAUGCAGAUAUGAUAAAAUUCGUUAAUUUGGCCCUUACGACAGGUAUGGCAGAUAAUAUUAAUCAAAAAAUGAUUUUUCCGAAGAUUAUGGAAAGAUUGUUAUAUAAAGUGUGGAAAUUAAUAUGUAGUAUGGAUAUUCCAAACUAUAAUCCUUUGUAUGAUAAAAAGCAACAGAAGGACUUAUCUGUACAGCAGCCACUACUACGUUUAAUCUUAUAUGGAGUCAUUAUACCAAUUCUAGAACAAUGUAAUGUAUAUUGCACUUACUAUUACAUUCCUGUUAUAUCUGAUCUGAGAGUAUACUCUUGUAUUCAAACCAUUGCUAAUGCAUUAAAAUUCUAUUUAAAUGGCACUAUUCAAACUAUGCAGCCAUCAAAUGGUUUUCUUUGGAUAAAUAUUAUUGCAAGUGCAUGUAAUAUAAUAACAAUGAAAUUAGCUGAAAUGGUAAACUCACAAAGAGAUGAUACAGACCUAUCACUUACAUACAUGGCAUACAAUACGCAAUAUACUUUGAAAUCAGGUUAUUAUAAUAUUGUUUUAAACCUCGCUGAUGUAAUGAUACUUGUCAAUUGUAUACAAAAAUACAAGUACUUUUUGCAACUAAAUAUUGUUGAUCCUUUAAUAUGUUCAAUUGAAUAUAUUGAAAAGAGGGAUCAUUUGUCAGUGCCUUUUUUUACAAAAGAGUAUAUAGACUUAGUCAAAAGUAAAAAUUCACUUGGAAACAAUGCUGAGGGUGGAGUAUAUAUUACUAUAAAACUCAAUCCAAGAUGGAUAGCUAAUAACAACGAUAGAGGUUCAAAUAGUUAUACUAAUUAUACUAUUAUUGACAAGAUGAAUAAUAAGCUUAAUCAAGAUUUUAAAGAUCAAGUUGAAGAAGUUAAUGAAGAAGAAAAUUAUAUGGCUAGCCUUGAUGAUUCAAUGAUGUUUUGCCCUAUAACAAAGGUUGGGGUAUCUCAAUCCUUAUUACCACGCUACGAAGCAAACAAGAGAUCAGCAAAUGGAAUAGCAGAGUAUGGUUUAUUUAUUAGAUAUUCUGAGAUACCAGAUAGAAGAAGAUUAAUUGAGGAGGGAUUAUACAUCUGUCCAACUAUAACAGCUGGGAGUAUAUAUGAACUUUUAGAAUCGUUUGAUGAAUAUAUUGAUCAGUAUAAAAGGAAAGAGAGCGAUUCAUAUGAAUAUCAACAACUAUCAAAAUUAUUGGAGGUUAAAAGAGUAACUGAUGACUUACAAAGUACUUAUCGUGAUUCUAUAUUACCAUUACUUAAAUGGAUAUCCUCAGACAUGUAUAGAAGACUCAAACAUCGUGCAUAUUUAGAACAUUUAAUGGAUAUCCAAAUAAAACUUAUGGAUAAACAAGUUCUUUAUGAAAAUGAACUGCAAGAAUGGGAAGAUAAAAUUGAGCAAUCUGUAGUUGACAUGACUAUAUGGGGUUAUACUGAUCCAUCUAUUAUAAAAUUACUGAGGAAAUAUAAUAAAUCUAAUUCAGUAAUGGAUAAACUGAAGAAUACUUUACUCCAAAGAAUUUGGAAUAGUAACAAUCAGACAGAGAAACCAAGUUAUAUUGGAGGCAACAAUGAAGAACAAGUUAUAUAUACUGAAAUAGUUAAAAAUAGUAUUUCAUUACCCUCAUUGUGGUUAAAAAUGGGAAUCUUAAUUUCUUCGGGUAUUAUUUUGGUCAACACGGAGAACUACUUUCUUAAAAUGUGGUUUAAUCCACACAAGUUUUAUAAUAAUAAGAUAAGUAUUAAUAACUGGAAUAUAUGUCUUACAUGUACUCCAACACUUGGAAUAGAGUGUAUAGUGACAGUUAGUCAAGUUCAAGAUAUGAUUAAAGAAUAUGUUGAUCAAAGGACAAUAUGUAAGUUCUACAUAUCACCAAGAGAUAUAUCAUAUGCUAAACUAUCCAAUAUUUCAUAUACUAAGAUUUAUGCAAAUGGUUUGAUUGAAAUAAACUUACCAAAUUUGGUCAAUUUCAUAUAUUUUAAAAUCUAA